UUUCAUCGUUAUGUCUCUUCCAGGCUGGCCUUAGGCAAUGCAUUCCCUUCCAUUUUGAACCUGGUUCUUUAUUCUGGUUAAAAUGGAGUUUUUCCUGUCACUGUCACCACGUUUUUCUUAUGAGUAUGCCUUGAGAAGAUGCUCAUUGUUAUUAUAGUUAUAUUAAUGAAUAAAAUGAUAAAAUAAAUAGAAUGGGGCAGCAUAAUUUCUUGAGCACAAGACUGAGGCCCAGCAGUGGAGGACACACACACACACACACACACACACACACGCAAAACCAAGUCCAAAUUGUAUUUAUCCAGGAGCAUUAUGAGUUACAGUCUCAACACAACAAGGCUUAAAAGCAUAUAUAAUGGUUAACAGAUUCAACUUUUAGACUAGGGGAUUUGCUUAAUUUGGUAAUGAUGAGCAGUGUUACACUAACACUUGCUAGAUUUUGCAAGAAAGAAAGAAAAUAUAUUGACUGAAUGCAGAAAGAAACAAUUAAAAGCAAAAAACUUAAUUUUCCAUUGCUAUCAAAUGUAAACCACCACUACUAAUUUCAAUAUUAUUAAUUGUGUGACAACAUUCUCACACAAGCAAAAAACCACAACAGCAGCAAGAAGUGGGCCACAUCCUCUAAGCCACCUGUUGUGCAACAUAGACUUCAUCUGGUCUGAUUCAAAUUAGGACAGCCAGAGAUGUCAUAUGGUUUAUUUCCCAUAGAGGUGCAACUCCAGGCUGAGCCACAAUCUCAGUUGAGGGAAGACACAAUACUCAUUAGAGGUGAUGAUGACUCUUUACCCCCAAAGAGACAAAGGCUGGCUGGUUGCCUUGUUCAGUCCUUCCUGUCUGAUGUUAACUGGAAGGAAGAUUAGCACAACAAGGAACAACAAUGGAUAUAUUGGAUAUUAAUACACCUGGAGAGAGACAGCAUGCUUGGACAUGCUUCAAAUCCUGGUCGGAAUCUGAAUACCCUAAAUAUACUUGGAGUGAUUUUAAUAUAGAAACUGCUGAUAGUAGACCUAAUAGCAUCUACAAAAGGACAAGAUACCUGUAUUAUCUGCCUAUAUAAUAGAAUGCACUGACUACAUACUGUAGAUACAAUGCUGACAAUGUCCUACUGUAUAGGGGAGAAUGGGAUCAUCAUGUUGGGCUUUACGUUGACUGUGGCUGCCAUAGUCACCUCUGUACUGAAUGUCCAUGCCUACAUAUCAAUCCAGCAGACUGAGCUCAAGCAUCUCUGCUCUGUCAGUGAUGACCAACGCAGGGCUGACUGCCGUGGGCAACACCUGGAUCGUGUACCUAAGGAAAAUCUCCCUGUUCCACUUGAGGAAGUGGAUCUCUCUUACAACAGCCUUCAGAGGAUCCACAGCACAGAUUUCUCCCACCUGCCACACUUAAGGGUGCUAAACCUUGAGUAUAACAACAUCUCUGCAAUCGACAAUGAUGCUUUUACGUUUAACAGUCUUCUGGAGGACCUCAACAUUUUCAACAACUCUUUGGCGGUCGUUCCAAACAAAGCACUGACAAAUCUAACUAGGCUUCGAAACCUUGAGAUGUCAAAUAACUUUUUUGGUGAAGUGGCUCUUGGGGAUGUUUUCUCCACCUUCAGUGGCCUCCAAGAACUAUCUGUUGGUGGACCCUUUGUCAGAGAACUAAAGAAGAGCAACCUCCUCGCCUUAAAAAACAUCUCACUGUUUAAGUUCGCCUUUAAAAGUGGCUCAAGUCUCUUGAAGUAUGAGCCAGGCUCUUUAGAGUGUCUAAAGACUAACAAUAUGUGGCUUGACAUUGCCAUGGACAAUAUACCAAAUGUGCUGAAUGCAAUGCUAAAUGAUUUAGCGAGUAAGUCCUUCUAUGCUCUUCGCUUCCGUAACCUGUUUGAGUUUCUUUACUACACAGGAGAAAAUGACAUUUUUCAAGGUUUGAGGCACAUCAGAGCACAACAGUUAAUUUUUCAUCGUGGGAAAUUUAAUGAGAACCUGCUAAGGAUGGCAUUAAUAAACAUACAGCAGAGCCCCAUUAAGGCACUUGGGCUAUUUUUCAUUGACUUUGCCCGCUCUCCCACCUUUGUUGAUAGUGGAGCAGGAUCGAGUGUGACAAAUCUAGCCUUAGAUCGUCUGGUCCUUUCGGAUAUAAGCAACCCGGACAUUUUACGCUUCGACUGGCGUUUCACAUGGUUCAACAAGAUACGCAGGCUAUCGAUUUGGAACAUCAACUUCAAUACUGUGCCCUGUGAUGCUUGGUUGGAAAUGGGUGCCAUGGAGGUUCUAGAUGUCUCCAACAACCAACUGAAAGACCAUUACCUCAUCAACAGGAGAUGUGAUUACGCCGGCACCAUGCCAGUGCUUCACACCUUCAAUGUCAGCUUCAACCAACUUACUAGGCUAAGUGACUUUGCAUCAUUCGCAGGGGAGUUUAAGAGGCUCCAGGUUCUAGAUGUCAGCCACAAUCAACUCCAAACAGUUGAUGCCAGUGAGUGCAACUGGAAGCAGAAUAUCUCCAAACUGAUUGCACAUCAUAAUGCCUUGGUGGUUACCAGUUUGAGGUGUUUGCCCACAACAGUGCUUUAUCUGGAUCUCUCCUUCUGCAACCUGGAUCAGCUUGAUACUAACUAUUUUCUAAAAGCAAUCAAUCUAAGAGAACUCCUACUCAGUGGGAACAAAAUCAAGUUCAUCCCUUUUGGCUGGAAAAGUCCCAAUCUGCAGUCCUUGUCCCUAGACGGGAAUUCCUUUGGCCUCAUAAGCAUGAACUCUUUCAAGGACAUGCCCAGCUUAUCUACACUAAGAGCGGGAAAUAACCCAUAUCACUGCAUUUGUGAUCUGCACACUUUCAUCCAGAAGACAACAUCUGACAGAAGAGUGAACAUCACUGACUGGCCAGGAAAUUACAAAUGUUAUUACCCAGAGCACCUGGUGAACACAAUGAUGGCCGACUUCUUCCCUGGCCGCGUAGCUUGUGACACCAGGCUUGUAAUUCUCAUCAGUGUCAUCACUACUGCUUUUGUGGUCUUUAGCAUUGUGCUAAUGUGCUACUUCUUCAAUGUGCCCUGGUACACCAAAGCAACAUUCCAGAUCAUCAGAGCGAAGUACAGAGCCAACAAGGAGGGAACUAGACCGGAGCAGGACUAUGAUUACCAUGCAUUCAUUUCCUACAGUCACUCGGAUGCUGAGUGGGUGAGAAACCAGUUGUUGCCAUGCCUAGAAAGCAGCAGGCCUCCAUACCGUGUUUGUAUCCAUGAGAGGGACUUCACGCCAGGAAAGUGGAUCAUCGACAACAUAAUUGAGAACAUCGAGAACAGUCUGAAGGUUAUUGUUGUCCUUUCACAGCAUUUUGUAGACAGUGAGUGGUGUAACUAUGAGCUCUACUUUGCCCAGCAACGAGCCAUUGGUAAAACUUUCAGUGAUGUCAUCCUUGUUGUGAAAGAGCCCAUCGACCCAAACUCCUUGCCAAGCAAGUAUUGCAAACUGAAGAAAAUGCUGAGCACCAAGACCUAUCUGGAAUGGCCUCAGCAACCAAAGCAACAGGUCUUCUUCUGGGCACAGCUCAAGAGUGUGUUGGGCAGACCUAGUCCCACCCAACACAGGCCUGACAGCAGGCAUGGCACCCCUACUGGGAGUGUGGUGUCUGUCACUGAGUUGGCUCAGUUAGAGUAGGCAUUCAUGGGACCAGCAGAGCAGGUUAAGAUACUGUGAAACAAAAGAUUUAUGCCCUCAUUUAUAAAAUUAUAGAUUUGUCUGGUCUUUUCAUAGACUGCGCAUUAUAUGGGGUGCCUAGUGUAACAUACCUUUUCAUUUUGUGGACAAAAACGCUACAUGCACCUCUAAUUUUUUGGACAAAAGCAACUCAUUUAGUUCACAGAAGUAAUUGUAAACUUUAUCAAAUAACUUUACUGAUAUACUUAUUUAGCCUAUACUCGUGAUAUGUGGUGAUGUGCGUUAUAUUUCAUCUGGGACUGAGCUUUAUUUCGUGAUAUCUCUAUUGGGCGUAGCUGAUUUGCGUUAGCUUUGCGCAUUGGUGAAAGGAUGAAUAUAAAUGUGCAUCUUUUUCCGCCUAGAAUUUUUUGUUCUUGCCAUUGCGUAUGCACAUUUAACCCGUUACACAUGUUUUUUGUGUAAGUAGCAAGCUUUAUAAAUGAGGCCCCUGUUGUUCUGCCAACAUAUGACUUUUCCUGCAGAACUGGUUUUAACUCUGGGAAAUUAAACAUCUGCUGUGUAGGUAUUGUGUUGCGCUAGCAUAUGUAACGGUCUCCCUUUUAAACAACGAGUAAUGCAGCACGUUUUCCCAGUGGCAACCAGCUCACAUGUGUCGCCAAAAAGCACCAGGAAACUAUGUAAUCAUUCCCAGUCUCUUGGGCCCUCCAUCAUCGGGCCCUUUGAGGACACAGAUGCCAUUCAUGUGGAAACUCCCAGACACUCAACUGAGGAGUUGGAAGUGUUGAAAGGUGACAACUCAGUGGCUCAGGCAGGAUAUCUCAUGUCACACUUGAAAUAACAAGUGAGCUGUUGGACAGGCAUCCACCACUGAUGAGAGCUUAAGACUUCAUUCAACUGACACCAAAUGGAUGAAUUCAAUCCAGUGCUCAGGAAAGACCCAUGCAGCGUUGAUGGCAGAUCACAAGGCUAAAAAUAGCUCUUCCCGAUUCCAUACAUACCAAUGACUUUUAUUUUAUUUUCUGUAGAAAUUUCUUUGAAUUUUGCCUUCAGUUGCUGUUGUGUUGUUAGUGGUGGAUUUCCUGUUGUUAUUUUUGUUGUAUCAUUGUGUGUGGUAUGCAGCUCUGUUUUGAAGCAGGGAAGACAUGUCUGGUCUUGACUUGCUGGCUGCUGGCUGACAAGUCCAGACCUGCUCACAGUGGAAAUGACCAACCCAUUACAGAAUAUUCUGUGUGUAUUUUGCCUAUGUCAACAAACAUCCAGUAGAGAAAGCAUCCGUGUGUGAAUAACACAACCUUUAGCUAAAUCCAACCAUAUCCUCUCAAACGGUUUAUGCUCUGGACGCAGACAGACUCGACUUUUCUCUGACCUAACCUUCCUUAUUUUAGUCAGGCAUAACAGGCAAUCCAGUCAACAAUACUAAAUAGCAUGAAGAGUGAACACUGAUAAUAAGCCUUGAAACAGUGUGUCAACCAGGCAUAGUCUAGAAUUUACUCCAUCGUAAUUAAAACAGCAACUCUUUUGUAAUCCAGAUAGGUUGACAUGAGAGGUCUCCAUUUCUGGAUGGCGAACUGCAAUGUGAAAAUAGAUACAAGAACGCCUUUUUUAACGUGAAUGCACUAAAGACAUUUAUUUUUUUAAUAAUUGCGAUUCAAAAUGAUCCAAUACUUUUGUUUGGGGAUCUAUGGCUGUGUACAUCACAUCAUCAGAUAUGCUAACAAUUUUAUAAUGGAGAUUUAUGUUCGUACAAUGUUAAGCUUCAUGUUUUACCUCAAGAUGUUUUGUUGGAGUCCUAGCCUGAGAGUCCUAGUCUAUGCUCUGACUCCUCAGGUGAGGCUUGACAUGGAGAUAUUUCCCCCCCAUUUUCUGCAUUGACUUGUGUUCUGCAACUAUCACUUGUAAACGUUCAAAGUUAGGGUAAACCUGUAUCAAUGUAGUCACUGUUCAGACAAACAACAGAAGUAAAUUGUAUUGAGAUUGAUAUCCAUCCUCUAAAUACACCAUGAAAGUGUGUUCCUGUAUCUUUGCCAUUAGAGGGCAAGCUAUUGGGGGUUAAUCUCAGUAAGCCUCCUGCUGCCAUUUACUGUAAUUGAUUUUGAUGGCCAAAUCAUGUUUGAGGCAAUGGGCUACGUUUUAAUUUUUUAUUUCAUUUGUCAAUUGAAUUAAUUAUUGGCACUGUUUCUAAAUAAAACUUCAAUUCAUAUUUAAA